AUGACUAAUACAGAUAUGAAUACUGCAAAAAAGCAAGACAAAAAUAAAAUCAAAAUAAAAAGUAAAUCUAGUACCACUUCAAAUUUACCAUUAAAGAAAAAGAACAAUAAUGGCAAUAGUAAUAACGCCCAAUCAAAUAAAAAUUCUAAUAAUCAAAGGUUUUUUUGUAAUUAUCCGAAUUGUAAUAAAUCUUUCACUAGAUUAGAACAUCUAAGUAGACAUAACUUAAAUCAUUGGCCUAAGAAGAUUUUUGAAUGUUCUUUUAUAUUUCCUGACACUAAUAUGAAAUGUGGGAAGACUUUUGUAAGAAGAGAUUUAUUGAUUAGACAUGAAAGAAGACAUGCAAAUGAAAAUAAUAGGCUUGUAUCUAAAAAAAAUAAACAAUUAAAACAACUGAAAAUCAUACAGAAUGGAUUUUCGUCUGCUACCACUAAAAAUAUUAUUUCUGAUUCAAAUUCAAAGUUAGAGGUGAAUCCCAAUGCAAAUAAUCAACUGAAUAACAUGGGUAAUUCACUAUCAAGAGAUAGCUUGCCAACUAUAAGCAGUACUAUGCCGUCAUAUUCAAAUGUUAAUUUUAAUUCUUCAUCUAUGUUUAAUCAAGGUAAUAAUAACGGUAAUAUUCAGAGUUAUGAUCAAUUCUUUGAUUGGGUAUUUGAUAACAAUGACAACAAGAAUCAUCAUUAUGCAUCCAAUGUGAAAAAUAAUGUUGAUUUAAAUACAGUAAACCUCAAUAAUAAUUUAGUAACUGGUAACAUCCCAAAUAAUCAAUCAACUGUGAAAAAUCAAGAUCAAAAAUUACUUGGUGCUUCAAAUAGCAUAGUAGAUAAUGCUAAUAUAUUGGUACCUAUACCACAGAAUACCUAUCCCUCUGUCUCAAAUUUAGCACAGUUUGAUUCAACAAAACUAAUAGAGGUCCCUCAACAACCAAAUCCCAUUCAAAAAAAUACGGUUGGUCAAUAUCAUGAAUCUACUUACUUUAAUAGUAAUAUGAAUAUUUCACAAAAUGGGAACAUUACCGUAACACAAAAUAAUAAUAUAAAUUCGCCGCCUGUGUUAAGUCAAUCAUCUAUUAUUUCAUCUAUACAAAAUCAUAAACAAGAGCAUCAGCAUUUAUUACACCCAUUAAAUUCUCAUGUGGAAACUCAAUUACAAGGUCCAUCUUUAGAAAGUGUACCACCAAAGUUACAAGACUUGUAUUCAUUAGAUUAUUUAGCAUCUGAUCCUUUACAACGUUUUAUGCAAGAACUAUCUGCCAUGUAUCCUAGUGAGAUAAGUAAUAUUACAAAUGAGAGUAGUCUUCUUUUAACCGAAUCUAAUAACGAUAAUAACAUUAUGUCUAAUGGGUUAGACAAUAUUUUUGUCCCUUCUUCAAUGCCUAUAUCUGUAUCCAAUAAUAGUAGUAACUUUAUUCAUACUCCAGGGUCACUCACUGAUUCUAGAAUGGCUAGUUUGAAUAAUAUUAAAGUAGAUAAUGAUAUUUUGAUAAAUGAUUCCACCACAUCGUUGAUAUCAACACCCUCCAAAGCCAAACCCAAUAAAAUCAGGAAAGGCAAUCAUAGCAUCCCUAAAUUGCAGGCUCUAUCUGUUGAUAGUAGGGGAAAUUCAAUCAAAGAUAAUUAUCUAGUCAAACACUCUAAUAUAAAUCAAUUGAAAAAACAGCCAUUAGAAAGUGAUAAUACAUCUAUGUCUUCAUCGAAAUUUAAAACAUUAAAGAUGAUAAACAGUAAGAAAGAGUUACUUGAAUCAAUGAAAAAUGUACCUAGUAUAUUUUUCCCUGAUCCGAAGACGAAAUAUCAACUUUCAAAGGAGAAAUGUGAGGAAUUAUAUAAUUUAAUACCAGAAAUAAGAAAUAUUCAAUAUGAAACCUUAGAAAUUUCUUUAAAGUCAUAUUGGAAAAAUUUUCAUCCACAACAUGGAUUACUACAUAAACCCUCAUUUAAUGUAAAUCAACAACCUCCUAUUUUAAUCAUAUCCCUAAUUAUGACAGGAGCUAGUUAUUUAGGAGUUGAUUUCAGAAAAACAGUAUCAGAUCCGAUUUGUGGUCCUCUUCGUUGGAUCAUUUUUGCUCACCCUGAUUUUCAACCUCCAUCUAGUACCUAUAUUAUUCUUUCUUUGUUAUUGUUGGAAUCUUAUGAAAAGACUUCGACUAAUAGAUAUUUUCAUGAAAGAUCAUAUUUACAUCAUGGUACAACAAUACAACUAUUACGAAGAACACCCUCUUUAGGUGGUCAUCCUUUAAGAGACAAGACAAAGGAUCCAGAAGUUGAUGAUGAUGGCACUGAUGGACCCAACGAAUUGAAUAGAGUUCUAAGUAAGUGGAUAGAAUUUGAGAGUUUAAAACGUGUUGCUUUCUUCGCAUUUUAUAUGGACGUUACUCACGCUAUCGUAUUUGGGUAUAUGAAUUUAUUUAUUAGUUUUCGACAGAUUCAAUUAGAUCUUCCUUGUCCGGAUAAAAUUUGGGAAAGUUAUGAUUUAAGUUUUGAGGUUUUGAAGGAAUCAGGGUAUGGUGAUCGAGGUGAUGAUCAGUCAAACAACCAAACUUUUUUAUUUGCAUUAAAGAAACUAAUUAGGGAUGCAAUUGAUAAGAUGAUAACUGAUUCUAAUAAAGAUCAGAAUGAUAUUGGAGGCAUUAUUGGUGAUGUGACUGAGGAUGGUAACAAGAGUUCUGAAAUUUCAUCUCAAAGUUCAGGUAGUAAUGACACUGAUGGAUAUUGUGAUAAUGUUAGCGGUGCACUUCACUUAGAAGAUCUGAAAAAAUGGAAACAAAAUCAUACUUUGGCAAUUUAUCGUCCCAUGACUAGUGUAUUAGGGAAAAAAUUAAUGUUAGCAGGUAUUUUAUCAGUUAUGUUUCAAUGUCAAGAAGAAAAUGACGAUCCGUUGAUAGCCAACAUAGUAAUUGAUGGUUUCAACGAUCACAAUAUAACAUGGAAGGAAAUUAUAUCAUUUGCAAUUAAUUAUUGGAUGUUUGAAGUACAAAGAGAUUGUCAUAAGGAAAAAAAUUGUUCACUUAUCAAGGAGAUAAGUAGAUCAGAAAGUAACGAGAAUGUCCAAGGAUACCCAAACGAUGAGAAUCCUUUGGAAGAAAAAGUACUUCAAGUUACUGCAUGGAAUAAUAACGAUGAUGACUGCAAAUUACCAGUAUAUCAUAUGUCACAGAUUAUUUUAAGAAUAUUUCAUCAUGAUUAUUAUAUUUCAGCAGGUGCACCCUGGAGAAUGAAUGUAAUGAUUGGGGAUAAAGAGUUUCAAUCAAUUCAACAAAGGAUGAUUCAAUUUUCGAAGGAUACAUAUACUGGUGGUGUUACAAUAAUAUAUGCUUUUCAAUUUUUAUUUGAAAUGUUUGUUAGGAAAGAUCCAAUUACAAAUGAGAUUACAAUAGAUAAGAAUUACGACAUCAAUACAGAUAUUAUAAGUACAAGACCAAAUUCAAUAGCGUUGGUCACGUUGUUAAUAUGGACAUAUACCUUUACACUGUAUGGACCUGAAAUUGUCAUGUGGGAUAAUGAGGAAGAUAAUAACGAAUGUGAUUCAAAUAAGAAUGAAAAACUUGAGAGUAGGAAAAAGAAAAAUGAUGAGCUUCAACUGAAGUAUGUUCCAAUAGAAAGUUUUGAAUCAUAUUUAAUCAGAAUGUAUGAUCACUUAUAUAUAGAGAAAGAUAGUGGUGGUGCAAUAAGUUAUCAAAAGAGGGUAUGGAGGAAAGCAGUUCUGUUACAAACCAUUUCUGGACAAAAUAAUACAAUUGGAUUUAUUAAAUAUAUUAAGGAAAUAUUGGAAAAGAGUUAUUGGGAUCUUACCAAGGAAUUAAGUAGAUUACUCAAUAAUUGUAUACAAAGAAGUUUGGGUAAAAAAACACACGUUUGCCGUGAUAUGUACGAUGUAUAG